AAUCUGUGGGUGUGACUGAGAACUAUAAGAACAGGAGAAACCGUGAACCAUAAUAUUCACUCACUUGUCAUCACCUUCACAUACUGCUUCAGUUUCAUUUGGAGAGCAAGGAUGCAGUCUGUGGCGCUCCUGGUGGUCCUGGUUCUCUCUGUGGCAUUCGUCAUCUCCAAACCAGUAGCCAAGGAUGGUGGGGCGAAUGUAGACAAAGAGUUUGAGGCCUGGAAGAUUCAGUUUGGGAAGACGUAUGCUUCAGCAGAGGAGGAGUCCAGACGGAAGUCUUUCUGGUUGGUCAACAAGAAGACGAUUGAGGAACACAACAAGCGAGCUGAGAAUGGACUAGAAUCCUACACAAUGGGCCUCAACUUCUUCUCUGAUUUGGAGAGUCAGGAGAUCCCGAUGGGUCUCAAGCUACUUCAAGGAGCCCCUUCUGGAUCUCAGCUUAACAAACAGCUAAGUCGAAUACGUGUAAGAAGGUCAAGAAAACCUCCCCAAUGGCCAACUGACAAUAAGCCAAACAGGCCUAAGCCUCCUCAUCCACCCCCGCACCACAUGCUUCCGGAAGAUGCUCACCCACCCCCAUCCCAGAUACCCACAAAACCUGAGCCCAUACCAUUUGACGAUGAGGAGAUGCUUUUCCCGCACCACCUGAACAACCACCCAUUCCAUUCAGAUGAAAAGCUUCCGGAAGAUGCUCACCCACCCCCAUCCCAGAUACCCACAACACCUGAGCCCAUACGAUUUGAUGAGAAGGUAUGGCCUUACCCACUUAUAAAAGCUGUUUAA